UUCAGCGAUUGGUGAGUCAUCCUCCACACCUGGCUUCCACCCAAAGAAGGCCUUACACCCUACUUCCACCCCACCCUACCGCCACCUUCAGGGUUUGGCGACUCUACAGAGGACGCUCCGCCCAGUUCAGAGGAAACCCUGCCUCCUGUGACAGUCAGCUGGCCAUCAGGCCUCUCAGAGGGACUUUCCCUCCCGAAAGGAAAACUUUCCCAAACUUGCGUGCUGGGGGAGGCGACAAAGGCGCGCUGGCUCCCUUUCCUGGUCCUUGCGCCCGGGUGAGAGACAGACAACCGGUCGCUGCGCAGGCGAAGGCGGGAUCGGCCUGGGGUGGGUGGCGGCCGCGUUGUCUGCGCUGUCGUCGCCGGAGCUUGGGAGGAGGCGGAGCUCUGAAGCAGGAGGGCGGGAGCGCGGGGCCGGCCCUGUCUCGCAGCUCCUCCGGCGCCGCAGAACUGACCCCGGCCUCCAGCCACCAGGAGCCACAGGCCCGGGACCAACAGCAGCCGGCGGGGCCGCCCGGGAAUGGGCGGCCUGGUGACCUAGCGGCCCCGCUUCUGCGCGCGCAUCUGGAGCCAGCGCGGCCGGCACUCCCGGACCCCGCCCGAGAGUCCGCGACCAUGAACGGAGACGCCAUCUGCAGCGCGCUGCCCACCAUCCCCUACCACAAGCUCGCAGACCUGCGCUACCUGAGCCGCGGCGCCUCGGGCACCGUGUCGUCGGCCCGCCACGCAGACUGGCGCGUCCAGGUGGCCGUGAAGCACCUGCACAUCCACACCCCGCUGCUCGACAGUGAACGAAAUGAUGUCUUAAGAGAAGCUGAAAUUUUACACAAAGCUAGAUUUAGUUACAUUCUUCCAAUUUUGGGAAUUUGCAAUGAGCCUGAGUUUUUGGGAAUAGUUACUGAGUACAUGCCAAAUGGAUCACUAAAUGAACUCCUCCAUAGGAAAAUUGAAUAUCCUGAUGUUGCUUGGCCAUUGAGAUUUCGCAUCCUACAUGAAAUUGCACUUGGCGUAAAUUACCUACACAAUAUGAAUCCUCCUCUACUUCAUCAUGACUUGAAAACUCAAAAUAUCUUGUUGGAUAAUGAAUUUCAUGUUAAGAUUGCAGAUUUUGGUUUGUCAAAAUGGCGCAUGAUGUCUCUCUCACAAUCACGAAGUAGCAAAUCUGCACCAGAAGGAGGAACAAUUAUCUAUAUGCCACCUGAAAACUAUGAACCUGGACAAAAGUCAAGGGCCAGUGUGAAGCAUGAUAUAUAUAGCUAUGCAGUUAUCACAUGGGAAGUGUUAUCCAGAAAACAGCCUUUUGAAGAAGUCACCAAUCCUUUGCAGAUCAUGUAUAGUGUGUCACAGGGACAUAGGCCUGACACUAAUGAAGAAAGUUUACCAUUUGAUAUACCUCAUCGAGCACUCAUGAUCUCUCUAAUAGAAACUGGAUGGGCACAAAACCCAGAUGAAAGACCAUCGUUUUUAAAAUGCUUAAUAGAACUUGAACCAGUUCUGAGAACAUUUGAUGAAAUAACUUUUCUUGAAGCUGUUAUUCAGCUAAAGAGAACAAAGAGUGCCUCAAGCAUUAUUCACUUAUGUGAUAAGAAGAAAAUGGAGUUAUCUGUGAACAUACCUAUAAAUCAUGGGCCACAGGAGGAAUCAUGUGGAUCCUCUCUGCCCUAUAAAAGCAGUGGUUCUCCUGAAACCUCACAGUCCCUGUCUGCUCCUCAAGACAAAGAAUGUUUAUCUGGAAAAACGCAAGACUACCCUUCUAUGAGGGUGCACCACUGUGCAGGAAAUCACAGUUGGGACAGUACCGUUACUACAGCUCAAAGGACGACAUUCUGUGGUCACAAGACUGCUGCGUGCUCUUUAGCAGUAAUGAACCCACUCAUGGUGGACAGCAGUUCAGAGCGUCUGCAGCCUGGCAUAGCCCAACAAUGGAUCCAGAGCAAAAGGGAAGACAUUGUGAGCCAAAUGACCGAAGCCUGCCUUAACCAAUCACUAGAUGCCCUUCUGUCCAGGGACUUGAUCAUGAAGGAGGACUAUGAACUCAUUAGUACCAAACCCACAAGGACAUCAAAAGUCAGACAAUUACUGGACACCACUGACAUCCAAGGAGAAGAAUUUGCCAAAGUUAUCAUUCAGAAGUUGAAAGAUAACAAACAGAUGGGCCUUCAACCUUACCCAGAAGUACUUGUGGUUUCUCGAUCACCAUCUUCAAAUCUCCUUCAAAAUAGAAGCUUAUAAGUGAGUCUUUUUCA